AUGACCUCACCAAUGAACUUUAUAAAUAAGGCACGAGGGACCAAUCCUGGAGAAACAGAGAUAGGUGACCUUUCAGAGAGAGAAUUCAAAAUAGCUAUGUUGAGGAAACUCAAAAGAAAUUCAAGCGGUGGGGCAGAGGCUGGCAGCUCAGGCAGUGACCAUGCAUAUCAUGGCCUCAUGGUGCCUUUUGCUGUGAUGAGCAUGUUCUGGGGCUUCGUUGGCUUCUUGGUGCCUUGGUUUAUCCCUAAGGGUCCUUACUGGGAAGUUAUCAUUACCAUAUUGGUGACCUGUCCAGUUUUCUGCUAUCUCUUUUGGCUGAUUUCAAUUCUGGCCCAACUCAACCCUCUCUUUGGACCACAGUUGACAAAUGAAGCCGUCUGGUAUCUGAAGCAUCAUUGGCCUUGAGGAGGAAGAUGUGCUCUACAGUGCUCAGUCUUUGAGGUCACGAGGAGAGAAUGCCUUCUAGAUGCAAAAUCACCUCCAAACCAGACCACCUUUCUUGAC